AUGGGUAAUGAGACGGCUGGAGUCUUGGUUGGGAACGCCUGCACCGCAGCCAUCAAUGCUUCCCUACCGAUUCAGAGGUUAGAUGUGCAGUGUUCUCCACCGGCACCACCCUUCCUACUCGUUGUCGAAUUCUGUCUCCUGGCACUGCUCUUGCUGGGCAAUGCUAUGGUUUGUCUGAUCGUUCAUCGCAACCACACCCUCCGAAACAAAGCCAACGUCUUCGUGGCCAUUUUGGCUGGUGUCAAUUUGACCUUCGGUUUUUUCACCACGUCGCUGAACUUGUCCGCCUUUAUCGUGAACUGGCAUCUCCUCCCAGUUUGGUGCACUUUCGGCGGCGCCAUCAACACCGUCUUCCCAUCAGCGUCCAACAUUACCCUCUGCUUCGUCGGCAUCGAUCGCCUGGUCUUCAUCCGCAGACCAAAACGUUACCGGGGCAUCUGUAAACUUCCCUGUUUUAUCAUUGGAGUGACCUACAUCGGUGUUCACGCCUUGUUGUUUGCGACUCUGCCCCCGCUGUGGGGAUGGGGUCGCUAUACCAACAACCCGGUCCUCCGGAUCUGUGUUCUAGACUUCUCAACUAGCUACACCUUCGGUUACAUCGCUUUGCUUUACGGCUACGUGCUGCCAACCUCCAUCUUGCUAGCAUGUUACUGCAGCGUGUACCGAGCAGUGAGGCGGCAGGUCCUAAGAGUUCGCUCUGAGGGCCUGACCUUCUCCCUCAGGACGUUGACUGUCCGCCACCGCGUACUGCGAGACACGAGGCAGGGCUUCCGACGAACAGCUAGAACCCUGAUCCUUAUGAUCUUGCUGCACAUUAUCUGCUGGAUACCGUUUCUGGUCGUGCACUUCGUCGGUCUUCAGUCCUCUACUUCGAGGUCUCCCGACCCGGUCGCCGUCUGUGUCAGCUGGAUGUUCAUUCUGGCCGAUUUGUCAAUUCAACCCUGGACGUACGGCAUGUACAACCACACUUUCCGUCAACAUGUCUGGAGAGCAUUUACCUGUUGUCAUUUGGAAAAGCGGACAUUGUGCCUUCAGUUGUUCAAAAACAAACCCCGUAAAUAUCAAGUCAGCCCAUUUACAGAGUAA